GUAAAACUUCCAUAGCCCAACGAAAAGGUCGUGUACCCCCACUCUCGACAGGAAUAAAACGGCCGUCGAUUUCUUUCCUUUCUUCCACGUCUAUCCUGUUCUCAAUUACUGAAGAUCUUUACACUUGAUACCAAUCCCUCGAGAUACCCAUCUGUUUACUUUCCACGAACAAAAACACCACCCUAAUUCUUGAUACCCACCUUAGCCCAUCAUGGAGACCAUCAACAAGGUUGCCAGCGCUGCUGCCACCACUGCUAGCAACGUCGCCGUUGAAGCUUCUAACCUCGCCGCUCAGGCCUCUAAGGCAGCCGUGAACGCCGUGUAUGGAACUAACCAGUCCCAUGAGGAGCCUAUCUCGGGCAAGACAGGCGAUGUCUCCAAGGGAGAGCCCUACGACGCUGGCAACAUGGAACCCGGCGAAAGCACCGGAGUGGCUGUCGGCGAGAGGAUGGUCACCGAUCGCACCGUUAGGCCUACCUCCCCCAAGAUCACCCAGGACGCUGCUGGCCCUGUGAAGGAGGACGGAACUGAGCCCAAGCCAGCGAACCAGGUCAAGGUACCAGAGGCGGAGAAGGACCACAGCCCACCAACCGUCAACUCCAGGAUUGACAACCACUACAACAUCCCCGAGCACUCCACUGUCAACCCCAAGACCACCGAUAUCAAGGCUCUUGACAACAACACUUCGUCCCACGAGACUACCGCCAUCAAGCCUCUUGACAGCAACACUUCGUUCCCCACGACUACCACCCACACGGCUACCGCUAUCGAGCCCCUAAACGAUACCUUUUCGUCCCACAGGAACAUUCCUGCCGAGCAGUCCACUACCUUCCAGGACCAGAGCUCCUCCAAGCACGACGUGCCCAAGGUCAACCCGGCCGCUACCCAGGAUUCGUCUCGUCAGACUGGCGACAGCACUCAGGCCCAGAACGACAUUCGUUCCCCGAAUGAUCCUUCUACGCACCCCACUCACGUAAACGCGAGGGUGAACGUCGAUGACCGUGAUGGUGGCUUGGAUGCCAACAAGAACCCCAACAAGGAGCUUGGCUCUGGUCCCAAGCCUUUGGUGGAAGUUGCUAAGCAGCACGACGGAGAUGCUGGUAAGGUCGAGAAUGGAGGUGUCAAGGAGCCCCAGAGCGGCGCCCCCAAGGAGGAGCAGACCAAGCCGGAGUCCCACCAUAUUCACCAUGCUACUGGCUUUGUGGCUGAUGGCGGAGACUUUGACGCGGCGGCACCUGGAGCUGGUAGUGAGGCUGAUCGUCUUCUCGAGUCAACGGGAAUCCACAGGGAUAACGCUAAUGGCCCCCUGACUGGUAACACCGAAGCCCUCGACCAGCACGACCAGCACGGACAUAAGGAGAAGACCAGCUUGAAGCAGAAGAUCAAGGACAAGUUGCACAAGCACUAAACUGCUUGAAGCCUUGCUUAUAUUGUUCUUCCUUUCUUGGCUGUGUAUGAUAUCCUUUUCUUUUGUCUCUGAUGUUACGAACUAAUGACGGCAAAGGUGUUCUUGGGAAGC